AUGGAGAACGGCGGCAUCUCUCAAGGAGAGGGCAAGGAUCCCUCCAGCUUUCUCAGCGACAUCAUCGGUAACCCCGUGACGGUGAAGCUGAACUCUGGUGUCGUGUAUAAAGGCAAGUCCUAUAUUGAACUUGCCCCUCCAGACAGCGAGCUCCAGUCGGUGGACGGAUACAUGAACAUUGCUCUUGAGAAGACGGUAGAGUAUGUGAACGGCGUCAAGAGGAGAAACUACGGUGAUGCAUUUGUGAGGGGAACAAUGGUGAGCUUAUUCGCAAUCUCCUCUUCCGAGAGGGAGACUUCUCCCCACUAG